AUGACGAUCGAUCAAGGAAGUGGAUCAAAAGAUGCUGAUCAAAUCAACCCGAACUCACCCUACUACCUUCACCCGUCAGAUUACCCAAAACAACUGCAUGUUAAUGAUAGCCUGACCGAUUCAAACUUCAGUGAUUGGAUUCAGGAAAUGACAAACUUUCUGUUUGCCAAAAACAAGAUUGGGUUCGUUGAUGGAACCCUCAAGAAACCAGAAAAGACAAGCAAGGAGUACAUGGCGUGGAUGAGGUGUGACGCCAUGAUAAAGGGAUGGCUUACCACAGCCAUGGAGAAGGAGAUACGAACAAGUGUUAAAUAUGCUAACACUUCUGCGGAGAUAUGGAAGGACCUGAACGAGAGAUUUGGAAAAGAAAGUGCCCCGAGGGCUUACAAAUUGAAGCAAUCCCUCAAUGUGACUCGUCAAAAUGGUGUUUCAGUAUCAGCUUACUACACAAAACUUCGAGGUAUUUGGGACGAAAUCAACACCGUCCUACCGACACCUCGGUGCACUUGCGAUGGUUGCUCUUGUGAAGUGGGAAAGAAGCUCGUAGAACUGAAGGAAAAGGAGCGUCUUUAUGAAUUUUUGUUGGGUCUUGAUGCUGACUUUGCUGUGAUACGGACCCAAAUCUUAGCUAUGAAACCAACGCCAACACUUGGUGCUGCGUACCAUAUGGUUUCUGAAGACGAACAACAGAGAAAUCUUUCGACCAACAAAAAGGGAACGGUAGAGAAUGCAGCCUUUCAGGCAAGUCAGUUCGCACGGAAGGAAGGUCAGACGCAACGAAGGAUCUGGUCGAAACAAGAAAAGGGCAGCGGCUUAAUUAACAAAAAUGAGCAUUGUACCUUUUGCGGAAAAGACGGUCACAAUCGUGAUGGGUGUUUCAAGCGUAUUGGGUACCCCGAGUGGUGGCCGGGAAAAGGGAAGAAAGACGGUGCUAAGCCUAAGGCAGCGAUGGUUGAGUCAACCUCAAGCCCUGUCCCAGGAAUGACGGAUGAGCAAUAUGCGAUGUUUUUAAAGCUAUUUGGUGGAAACAAAAAUCAAGAAAAGGAAGAACCUUCACCUUCAGCAAACAUGGCAGGUAGAAUUAAUCAAUAUGGUAAUUGGGUAGUAGAUUCGGGGGCAACCGAGCACAUGACCCAUCAAAGGGAGGUGCUCGAAAACAUUGAAACCAAAACUAACGAACCACCCGUUACCAUCCCUAAUGGAGAGCAUGUUCCUGUGAAGGGAUGUGGUGAGAUGAAUUUUAAAGGAGGGAUUAAAAUAAAAGGAGUUUUAUUUGUGCCAAAUUUCAAAUGCAACCUAAUAUCAGUCAGACGAUUGACGAAGGAUUUGCAUUGUGCGGUUACAUUUUUUCCUGAUUUCUUUGUAAUACAGGACUUGAACAAGAGGAACUUGAUUGGAGCGGGUAAUUGCAUCAAUGGUCUAUACCGAAUGGGGGAGGCAUGUGAAGAAAGGAAAGCAAUGACGGUAACUAUCAACAUAUGGCACAAAAGAUUAGGGCAUUCGUCAAAUGUAAAACUUUCUCAUAUGAACCUUCUCAAGGAUGUUGAUUUUGAUUCUGAAAAUAAAUUUUGUGAUUCUUGCAUUCAAGCCAAGCUUACUAGAUUGCCUUUUCCAAAUAGUUCUAUUAAAACUGAUGCUUGUUUUGACAUGAUACAUUGCGACAUUUGA